CAAAAUCCCAAUCCCUUUCCCACUCCCCUCUACAAACCAACUCCACCACCCAACCCCUAAAUCCCCACUAAUCUUGAUCCCCACACAAUGGCCACCGCCUUCGCUACCUCCUCUGUCGCCGGCCUCGGAACCGCCUCCCUCUCCUCUCCUUCCUCCAGGUCUCCCCGUCUAGUCUCCGGGUUCAUCAAGCCGCCCGUGGCUGCCAGGAAUCCGCUCAGCGUAGCCGGUGCAUCUGGUGGAAAGUUCACCUGCUUUGAGAGGGAUUGGCUACGGAGAGAUCUGAAUGUUAUUGGGUUUGGACUCAUCGGGUGGAUUGCCCCAUCAAGCAUUCCGGUGAUCAGUGGGAAGAGCUUGACGGGGCUGUUUUUUGAGAGCAUUGGAGCAGAGCUUGCCCAUUUUCCUUCUCCACCCGCCCUCACUUCUCAAUUCUGGUUGUGGCUGAUUACGUGGCAUUUGGGUCUCUUUAUUACGCUUACUUUUGGACAAAUCGGAUUCAAGGGAAGGACCGAAGACUACUUUUCAAAGUGAAAAUGUAAUAAUUCUUAAAAAAAAAGGAGAGGGAAUUCUAGUUUUUGUUAUUAUUAUUAUCACUCAAUGUUUAUAAGUUUAUAACUUAUAACUACUGUGUGUCCAUCAUUUUAUUCAUGUAUAAAUCCUUUCAACCUCCACCCCAAAUUUUGCUUCA